GCACGCCGCAAGGGUCAAGGCUCCAGCCUUCUUGCUCCGCGUCCCCUGCCAAUCAUGCUCUCGACCCCAGGGCGCCCUUCCCUCAUCUCCCCGCAACCAGCUUUCUAACCCGAGGUUGGACCGUUCCUCGGACACUGCGCCCGCCCUUUCCGCUUAAACCCCGAGGCUAACACCAAGUCACCAACCGAGAGCAGCACGCUGAACACCUCCAAUGCCCGCCGCGACCCAAUCCUAAACCUGCCCGUACGUUUCUUGCUCCGCGGCCAAAUAUCGCGGGGGCCGUACGCCCGUGCACUCACCAUGGUGGCCGGGCGCGUCAAGGCGGCCAUGGGCUUCCACAGCAAUCCCAAGGCGCCCAAGUCGCCGGCUCCCGCCGAGGGGCACACACAGACGCCGGCCCGGGCUCCGCCGUCGUCCUCCUCCUCCUCCUCGCCCGCGACGGCAUCAAAGGCGUCGUCGGCGUUCGCGCGGUCCUUGGGCGCUUACUUCCCGCGCUCGUCUUCGCAGGUGCAGCCCGCGCGCGCGCCGCCAGAAGUCGCCGGGCUGCUGCGCGCCAUCGAGCAGCUCCAGGAGAGGGAGUCGCGCCUCCGCGUCGAGCUGCUGGAGCAGAAGAUACUCAAGGAGACCGUGGCCAUUGUCCCCUUCUUGGAGGCCGAGCUGGCCGCGAAGAGCGGCGAGCUCGAGAAAUGCAAGGAGGCCGCGGCCCGGCUCGAGUCGGAGAACAUGCGGCUGUGCGCCGAGCUCGACGCCGCCGUGCUGGAGGUCACGAGCAGAAAGCAGAGGAUUGUUCAAAUGGAGAACGAAAUGACGGAGCUGAGGAAGCAGCAGCAAGAAGCGCUUGCGGCAGACGCCGACGACUGCUGCUCGUCAUCGGCUUCGGCCUCAGUCGGGAGCUCCGGUGCCGCAGCGAAUCCCGCCGGUUCAGCUCAACUCGGAGCAGAGCCGUCCGCCCCGCCGCCAAUGCAGAGGCAGACACCAGCUUUCAUGUCCAAGUCCUACUCCGUGUCGUUGCAGGCCUCGCCUCCGAGCUCACCUUCCUCCUCGCCGUUUUCGUCCACGUCGACUUCACCGAUGAAUUCCGGCUCGUCGUCAGACACAGCUGCCGCACCAGCAAGGACCCGCGUGCCAGAGCUCUCGAAGCUGCCGCCGAUACCUCCGCCAACUCUACCACGGCCUCCGCUGGUGCCGGCAUCCUGUAGCCUGACCAUGAGCUCAUCGCCCACCAGCUCACUCGGCGCCGCCCCGCCUCCUCCGCCUCCGCCCCCACCGUCCGGGAGGGCGUACAGGGCAUGCUCGCCUGCGAAAUCGGGUUCGUGCGUGAGGCGGGUGCCUGAGGUGGUCGAGUUCUACCACUCGCUAAUGCGGAGGGAGUCCAAGAGGGACGGAGGCAGCGGCGGUGACGCGGCGAACGGUGGUGGCGCGGCGGCCACCAGGGACAUGAUCGGUGAAAUCGAGAACCGAUCGGCUCACCUCCUCGCGAUCAGAUCGGACGUGGAGAGGCAGGGCGACUUCAUCCGGUUCCUGAUCAAGGAGGUUGAGGGCGCGGCGUUCGCCAACAUCCAGGACGUGGUCACUUUCGUCAAGUGGCUCGACAACGAGCUGUCCCGCCUGGUGGACGAACGCGCGGUGCUGAAGCACUUCGAGUGGCCGGAGCAGAAGGCGGACGCGCUCCGGGAGGCGGCGUUUGGCUACUGCGACCUCAAGAAGCUCGAGGUGGAGGCUUCCUCGUUCCGCGACGACGCCCGGCAGCCCUGCGCCGCCGAACUCAAGAAGAUGCAGGCCCUCUUCGAGAAGUUGGAGCACGGCGUGUACAACCUCGCCCGCGGCCGCGACGGCGCCACCAGCAGGUACAGCCGGUUCCAGAUCCCCUGGGACUGGAUGCAGGACACCGGCAUCGUCAGCCAGAUCAAGCUCCAAUCGGUGAAGCUUGCCAGGAAGUACCUGGAACGUGUUUCCUCUGAGCUUGAAGCCAUUAAAGUCGGCCCUGCCGAAGAGGAGUUGAUGCUUCAAGGAGUACGAUUCGCCUUCAGAGUGCACCAGUUUGCAAACGGGUUCGACGCGGACACCAUGCGCGCAUUCCAAGAGCUCAAGGAGAAGGCGUCGAUGUGCCGAUUUCAGCGGCAAAAGCAGAAUCGACAUCUGCGGCAGCAAAGGCUCGUUGCCAGGACCUGAGCAUCUCACUCCGUUACGAUGUACCGGGGCUUACAAUCCGAGGACGCCAUUCUUUAAGAAACGGAGGAACUACCUUACACCAUCUUCUGGUUACUGUAACUCAAUUAGUUGAUCAAUGAUUUUUUCUGUUAAGAAACGUUCUUGGUUUGUUACCUCAGAACAAUCUUACUUGUCCUUUCUCCGUAGAAAUAUUUGUCCUUCGUUGCAUGGUAAAAAAGUAAUCAACACUCUCGUAGAAACAUAAAAAUUGCCGGGACAGAAGUUUCAGUC